UUUCCUGGUACAGUUUCCUGAUGAAAGGUCUCUUGCGAUCCCUGAUGACCUUGUGAUAUGGCCCUUAGAUACCCUCGCCAUGCUCACUUGGUUCCUCCUAGCUUUGAGUCUCCCAGCUUUGAGUCUGGCCCAGACUUUCUCAAUCAAGCCUUACAAUGAGACUGCGGCUUUUAUAUUUGCACAUACUGAUGUUAAUCAUGACGGAAUAAUGGAUAGAAACGAGUUGGACCUGGGAUUUAGGCAUUAUGAUGCCAAUCUAGAUGGCAGAGUUACUUACCAUGAGUUCACGACCUUUGUGCAGGCGCAAGGCCACGACCCUCACACGACCCAUCUACUCCAUGCGUUAUAUCGCGCCUAUGACGAGAAUAAGGACAACAACGUAGACCAUUUAGACUUUGACAUCAUCUUCGCCUUGUCCGAUUACAACAACGACGGCCGUGUGGACCGUGCGGAGUUUAUCAGAUACAUGUCCAUUGUUUUGGAAUCAAUUGACGAAUCUGUAUAACAGAGCAAUUUGGAACAUUCAGUAGAGAGGAACCAAACAACUGAUGAAACCAAAGUCUCAUUUCUUACCAUUGUUGUAUCCGGUUUGACAAACUCAUGUUCAAAUAUAAUCUUGUCAAUUGUAAUUAAUCCACUUGUUAGUUGAUCCAUUUCAAUCAGCAUUGAUCCGCACAUUGGUGUGUACAUUAAACUAUUUUUCAGUGUC